UCUAAUAAAUAUGAAGAAAAAUAAAAUUAGAAAAUCACCUUCGAAUAACAAAAUUAAAAUGUACCCGCGCCCCCAAUUGUUAACGAUAAUCGCAGGUCGCCGUCACAUUCCACAUUGAAUUUUAAGGCCUUCUAUUACUCCCCUCUUUAGUUUGCCCUUUUCUUAGCAAAUUUUGCACUGUAACAUUUUAACCUUUUGUUCCUUUUAGAAAAUUUGGUAAAUAUAUUGGAUUUUGAGGCGAACGCUCCAAAAUUAAAGACAAUGCAGAGAACUGGUGAAGCAAUCUCGUAGUUCCAUGGCCUCACUGACUAUUAUAAAUUGCUGAUUGAUCUCGUGCUGAAGUUUUACAUAUAAAAAGCUAAGGAAGUUACUUCUGGAAAUGAAAGUGCUUUGCCGCCUCUCUGUGACAUUUUCAGAUGUAGAGGUUUUGUGACAACUGUUUGUUGUCUGAAGGCGGAUUCUUGCAAGUGAGACACCUAGACUAAGUUUCAGAAGAUUACAGUUGGAGAAAGAAGAGUAAGAGAUGCAUUGAAGGACCUGAAAUUCAGAAGCGACUAGAACUGACAUAUAUCAGACACUGUUGUUGAGUUUGUUUGGGGUUGAACAUGUGUCACUAGUUCGACUCACUAGUUCGACUUCAACUAUACUUGUCUCUGAUAUAGCCAGGAAUGCAGGAUGGUUCUGAUUGAAGCUAAAGCCGUUACAUAAAUUGAUGAGAGUCAGAGUCGGUGGGAUGUGGAAGAUUUAGGAUGUGCCUAAAGGUUCAUUUCUUGUUACGAGGGCACUUGGGUUUCCUUGUUGACUCUUGUAAUUCUUUCUUGUUAAAGCCUCCAAGAGAACUGAUUGUAAGUGAUCAUUCCUUAAUAUUUUGAAAGCAAUGUGGUUGUGAUUGUUACAUUGUUUCAGCAACUGAGUCUCAGUGGAGCUGUAGCAGGGUUCUGGGGAAGUGUGAGAGCAUUCGAGAGCUUGUAUGGUAUGAGGACAUUGCUGUUUAGUGUAAAAGAAGUCUAUGAGGGGCUAUUCACCUAACCAUUGUAAGAGCUCAUGAAAUAGUUGCUUAAGCUGAAGGGUGCUAUUUGCAACUGGCCAUCAAUCCCCAUAAUAAUGUCAGAAAAUGCUCGUUCCUAUAGCCAUGGCACAUGAAGGAUAUGGGAUCAAGAAAGAGAGUGGAGUCAGGGACAAAUAUGUCUGUUGUCUUCAUCCGUGUCUUGGAAGGACAUCAAAAUGGAGUCUUUUUGAGUUAAACAGGCACAGGGAAAGAUAUCAUGAUGCAGGUCCUGUUUCCGGGCGUUUGAGAGGCAAGCAACGGUCUGGCAAGUGGCCUCAAAGGUCAAAAAGAGCUAAUGAAAAUGCUUUGAGGAGGGAGAGGUUAGAUGUAAAAAAAAAGUGUGAUAAGCAGGAGACUACCUAUAAACAUAGAUUGAUUAAAGAGGCUAUGGCUACAGAGGGUGUCUUUCAUCAGGGUGAGCUGACUGAAGAAGCCCAAAGAAACAUUGAAGUAGCCUUGGAUAACUACAAAAGUAGGCGUGAGGAGAGAGAACGUGCUACAUUAGCCAGGAUUCAGAUGAAAGAGAAUUUGGCUCUAGAAGCAGACUGUCGGUACCCUGAGGAAAUUGUGGAGAAUGUUAAGAAUCUGGGAAGCACAAGCGAAUCCCCCAAGGUUUUGGAGGAUGAAGAUGAGGAUGAAGAGUAUCUUCUGAAAGUAGAACCAGAUAGUCCUUGGCUUCUUAACAAUGCAGAAGCUUCCAUCUCAUGUAGGAGGACUUUUUCAAUGUAUGAUGAUAUGUCCGAGGAACCUGAAAGAUCUGAAGAGAACUUUGGGAAACUUGGUUCAGACAGUACUCCAAGCAGGAAUAACUUUGAGGCAGUUAUCAACAGAGGCAUGUAUGGUUCUUCUCAGGGAAGGAAACCGAUGAUGUGGCAGGAAGCUUCUCUUACUCCUGAGAAUGGAAGAACACACAGAAAGCGUAAAACAGGUCUUGAUCUAAAAGGUGAACUGUCAACAGUUGAGUCCAAACGAGUAAAUGGAGGCAUGAGAAUUGCAGAUUCUAUCCCAGGUAGGGGUACUGUUGUGGUUGGUAGCAAGAUCAAGAAAAAUUUUGACGGAAGGAUCUACCAUGGAGAAAUUGUUGGGUAUGAGUUGUUAUACAAGAUUAGAUACGAGGAUGGUGAUUUUGAGGAAUUGACAUGGGAGGAGCUCCAGCCUAGACUAGUUUCUGCUGAAGGGGGUUUUCUUUCAAAAUAACAGAAUGGUGUAGUUACAGUUUAUUGCUUCUAUUGCUGCUGGGCAAGUUGCAUUACUACAAGAAACUGGCCCCUGUUUUUGGCAGUUUCAUGAAUAUUUUUGAAAAUACAACUUGAAUUCAAUGCUCUGUAAAUUCAUGGUUGAGCAUUUCAUGUUAUAUUUUACCUGUGAUUAUGAGAAUAUUUAGUCGAAACAGUGUAAUUCUUUUUUGUUGUCAAUUGCCUCGGUCCUAUGCUGAGAACAUGUUUGCCCAUACACAUGGAGAAUUACUGGCAUUGGCAUUGGUUGCUCAUUUGAAAGGCAACGUUAACUUUAGGCUAGUGUCACAUAAUCACUUCUGGCUUCUGAUUUCAAAGGGAAGCCUUUUUGUAAGCUGUUACUUGUGUAGAAAAAAGUUUUACAUGAACUAACUAACCUGGAUUAGUUCUAGCA